AGGAGGAGGAGAGGAAAGAGAAAACAUCAGCAAGCCAACAAGAAAGGAAGAAACGAGUGGAGUUUUUUUUUUAGAGAGAAACACAGCAAGUUAAACGAAUACUUCACGCAAACGAUGAGGGCGAGAAAUGCAGCGGCUCUUCCUUCGAGAAGAAACAGAUCAGUUUAUCGUCCGAGUAUUUAAGAUGUUUCCGUAAUUAGCUGAUGUGAAACAAAUGCAUGUUGGCAAACCUGGCUAAGUUAGCCUGCUAGCUAGCAUUUUAGCCUUUUGGGAUUUUUUACGCCGGCAGUUUUGUCUGUCUGCGUUGUUUAAGUUCCUGAAUUUGUAAAGGAUUCGUUCUGUUUGUGGUGAAUCUCUCGUACAACAGGAUAUUCUUUUAAAAAGAGGCUGUCGAACCACUGAAUUGACAAGGGCUGUUGUGUUGUGAUUGGCAGCUCCCAGUCACAUGGAAGGUACUUUUGGUUAGUAUCUGCUGGCUCUCACCUCCCAUGCCCACCCCUGGGAGUGAACAUCAGGAUGAAGAAGAUCAGCCUUAAGACUUUCAGAAAACCGUUCAACAUAAAGGGCAAAGAAGAUGGAGAUUUCAUGAUGCUCCAGAAACCAUCGCUGGCCUCCGAGUUCACAAAAGACGACUCGCUCUUCGGAGGUUGCUACACCAAGGAGCUGGCCUGUGACCUCCAUGGAGAUGAUGCAAGGGGUCACAAAAACAGGUCCAAGAGCGAGAGCCUUAUGGGCACCUUAAAAAGGAGGCUUUCUACUAAGCAGAAAACGAAAGGUAAAGGAGGGUCAACCUCAGUGGGCUCUGGAGAUGAUGAUGACACUUUUUCUUCUUCUUCAGUUCCCAUAAGCUUUAAUGAAGUCAAAGCUCAGCGGCCCUUAAGAUCCUCCUCCCUCCGCAGCCAUCACUAUAGCCCUUCUCCGUGGCCUAUUAGGUCUGUCGACCCUGAGGAAGCCUGCAUAAAGAUGGAGGUGAAGGUAAAAGCCAUGGUUCAUACUCCUAGCCCCAGCCCCUCUCUGAAUGGCAUCAGAAAGGAGUUCCAUGACAUCCAGAUAGAGGGACUUUUCGAUGAUCAGAAGAACUUGGAGUCUCAGAAUGGUGACUUCGAAGAACAUGUGCCUGUUGUUAUUGGACUUGCACCUCAGGAUUACAUCCAGUACACAAUGCCUUUAGAUGACGGAAUGUACCCUGAUUCUUCUCACUCAUUCUGCUUGGACGGUUCCUCGCCCAUGGAGGUGAUGGAACAAGUCGAUGCUGACUCGCUGAAUGUGGACCAGGGCCAGGACGACCAUGACCUCCUGUCGUCAGAUAUGCUCAUGGACCAGUCUGUGAGCGGACUUCUCCUUGGCAACCCAGGAAUAGUCCUUCAAAGUUCUAGAGCUGAUGCUCCUUCACUUUCCCCAUCCCUUUCUCCUCUUUCCAGCAGUGAAAUUCCAAGAACCUAUUCGGGCUUUGGCGGUGCGGAUUCACACGUUGCAGAAAGGGUGAGACAUCAUCUUAAUUUUGAUCCAAAUUCCGCUCCUGGUGUUAGCAGGGUGUACGAUUCAGUCCAAAGCAGUGGACCCAUGGUUGUGACGAGCCUUACAGCGGAGCUGAAGAAACUGGCCAAGCAGGGUUGGUACUGGGGACCUAUAACCCGAUGGGAAGCUGAAGACAAGCUUCUCGACCUUCCGGAUGGUUCCUUUCUGGUUCGCGACAGCUCAGAUGAUCGCUAUCUCCUCAGUCUGAGCUUUCGAUCACAGGGCAAGACACUCCACACUCGAAUUGAACAUUCAAACGGCAGGUUCAGUUUUUAUGAGCAGCCUGACGUAGAAGGUCACACAUCCAUAGUGGACCUCAUCGAGCACUCCAUAAAAGACUCGGAAAACGGUGCAUUUUGUUAUUCCAGAUCGCGCCUACCAGGGUCAGCCACGUACCCGGUCCGACUGACCAAUCCUGUCUCCCGGUUCAUGCAAGUGCGCUCGCUGCAGUACUUGUGCCGAUUCGUCAUCCGACAGUACACCCGCAUAGAUCUGAUUCAGAAACUGCCUUUACCAAACAAAAUGAAAGAUUACUUGCAGGAAAAGCACUACUGAAUUGGGAGACAGUAGUAACUUGCACUUUGGGUUAAAGUGAUGAGUCGUUAAAAUGGUUUACAAGACAUUUGUGGAUUUUUUAUUUUUUUUUGAUUGCUUGGUUUUAUUUGCUUCGUUUGUGUCAGAAGCAUCGGUUUGUUUCGUUUUCAUUAUGGAUUCAGACAAUUUGUUGUUGCUCAGAUUCCGUAUCGGAUGUUUGCGUGUGAUUUCAAAGGUACACUCUGGUUUUUGGAUCAAAAGGGCACUGCCGAUAUCUUGGCAAGUGACAACAUCUUACAUCUUGUCAAUAUAUACAAUAUUUUCCAUGUUUGAAUUGUUGCAAGGGUGUUGAAGUUCUUAGUUUUUUUUUUUCCUUUGAGAAAUUGUCCAUUGGACAAUUCCAUUGGCAGAUACUUUUUGCAAGUAAAACAAG